UAGACAAGGAAACUGAGCUGCCAGCCCCAGGCAGAGCACAGACAAGUUUGGCCUUGGGGAGACAGAAGGACAAGGGACCAUAGAUUUUCCAGCUUUAGAAGAAGUAAAGAUGGCAAACCCAUCCAUGGUGAAGUGGAAUUGCUCCUCUCUAGGCCCAGCAGCUCUGGGCUACAGCUGGAGUGGCCUGUCCUGACAAGCUCAAGAGCCAAAUUUCACACUGAGCAGCUGCAGUCGGAGAAAUCAGAGAAAGCGUCACCCAGCCUCAGAUACCAAGGGACCUGCCGGGGACUCUCUCUUCCUGCUCCUCGGAAAGGAAGACCUCGAGGCCACUGGCUCAGACCCACUCCUGGGCUGCCAUGGGACUCGCAGCCACUGCCCCCUGGCUAUCCUCCAUGCUGCUGGGCAGAUAAGGACAGCUGCUGCCCCUGGGGCACCUGCCCGCUCCCGCCGCCCAACCACUCCUCCAGGGCCAGCCCUUCCCUGACUCAGUGGCCACCUCUGCUGCCCCGAGGCCAUGUAGGCCACACUCAGGCCUCCAUAGACACUCCACUGGGGAUGGUUCCUGAGCUCUUGCGGGGACAAGGAACACUACCAUGCCCUGGGGCUUCGCCUGGCUGCGCUAUCUUGGGAUCUUCCUCGGCGUGGCCUUGGGGAAUGAGGAUUUGGAAAUGUGGCCCUUGACACAGAGUGAGGAGUGCACUGUCACGGGUUUUCUGCGGGACAAGCUGCAGUACAGGAACCGACUUCAGUACAUGAAAUACUACUUCCCCAUCAACUACAAGAUCGGCGUGCCUUACGAGGAGGUGUUCAGAAUCUCCAAUGUCACCAGGCUGCAGAGGGCCCGGGUGAGCGAGCGGGAGUUGCAGUAUCUGUGGGUCUUGGUGAGUCUCAGUGCCACUGAGUCGGUGCAGGAUGUGCUGCUCGAGGGCCACCCAUCCUGGAAGUAUCUGCAGGAGGUGCAGACGCUGCUGCUGGAUGUCCAGCGGGGCCUCACGGACGUGGAGGUCAGCCCCAAGGUGGAAUCUGUGUUGUCCCUCCUGAAUGCCCCAGGGUCAAACCUGAAGCUGGUGCGGCCCAAAGCCCUGCUGGACAACUGCUUCCGGGUCAUGGAGCUGCUGUACUGCUCCUGCUGUAAACAAAGCUCCGUCCUAAACUGGCAGGACUGUGAGAUGCCAAGUCCUCAGUCCUAUAGCCCAGAGCCCUCAUUGCAAUGUGCGACCACCCAGCUGUAUCCUCCGCCUCCACAGCCCCCCAGUUGCUCUCCUAAUUCCACGGGCUCAGCACGGCCGGUCAGGACACAGAGCAAGGGCCUCUUGCCCUGAGCAGCCUGGAUGGUGACUGCAGACAGGGCAGCCAGACCAGCUCCCACAGGAGUUCAGCUGGGCCUGAGACUUUGAGGGGUGCUGAUGGGAGCCCCUCCUGGGAAUGAUGUUCUUCCUUUGAGGGGGAUUCUUUGCCACGGCAGGGCUCAGAUUCCUGCUUUCCACAACUGUCGUGGCCUCACCUGGAGCGCAGGGGACCUGGGGACCUGGGGACCUGAAGGUGGAUGGCGAUAGAGUGUCUGGCCCCUCCUGGCGCUGCCCUCACUGUCCCCCCACCUGAAGGGGGUGCUGAGCCUCCUGUGACCUGCAGCAGCGAGGGCACAGCCGUGGGUUGCAGAGGAGACAGGCAGCAUGACGUGGUCAUUCUAGGACCUACCCCAUAGCCUGGCAGACUGGGGAGUUCGGGGCAGAGGCCAGUGCCAAGUGCCAUGUCUUGCCUCAGUGGAUGCUCUUCCAGUUUCUUUUUUCUAUUAAAUGUCCCGCUUCCUUUG